CCCCAGCGGCCGUCAGCCGCGCCCCCACCGGCGGCUCUAGCACGUAGCGCCCCAUCCCUGCCGGCCCCGCGGGAGUGGCGGCCGCGCCGUGGCCCGUGGAGCGGGCUGAAUCUGGGAGAGGCCCGGGGCGGAGGGAAGCAGCCCCCCCCCGGAGGGGGAGAGGAGCCAAUACAAUUCCCCCCCCCCCCCGCCCUUGGGGGCUGCAGGUCGUGGUAGCGACCUGUGGGCGGAACCAAUCGGCACCCUGCGCGGGGAGGCCGGCGGGACCGGAGGCCGCUGCCGGUUCGGGGCCAUGUCGGUGGCUUUCGUGCCGGAGCGGCUGCGCGGCAGAGCGGAAGUGAAUCCGGAGACCCUGCAGCGGUUACUAGAUGAAAAUGAUCAGCUGAUUCGGUGCAUUGUAGAAUAUCAAAAUAAAGGAAGAGCUACAGAAUGUGUGCAGUACCAGCAUAUCUUGCACAGAAAUCUUAUUUAUUUGGCUACUAUUGCUGAUGCAACUCCAGCCACUGUACAGAAGACUGAUGGAUCCCACAAACUUGGACACCCUUCAGUGGUGCCUAUAUAAAGCAUGGAGACAUGAUUGAAUUGGGGGAACUCUGAGGCCAAGAGGGAUACAAUAUUCCCUCAUUUUGUCUGACUGGCUAAGAGAGGAAGUUUUGAUAGGGAUUAGCUGGGAAUCCAGGGGCCAAGAUUGAUGAGCAUUAGGGAGUAGAUUCUUAUAGGAAUAGAGUUGCUGUGGCCUUGCUCAUCCUAUUAGUGAUGAGCUGAUAAAUAUAUGGAAGAUCCCUUGCACCAGUCUUCCCCUUUCUUGUUUUUUUGAGAAAAAUACGCCUUACUUAAAAGUGCUACUGCCUGAGUCUUUCACACUUGCUUGAA